AUGGGGAAGUCGGUUUCGGGUUCAGGAAAAUGGGAGGAAUGGGCGGAGAAGAGGGCGAGAGCUAUCUGGACCAAUUUGCAGACGAACCAUUUGUGGCAGCGCAUGCUCAAGAAUACUUUGGCCACUACAAUCUGUAUUAUCAUUGCGAUAAUACCGCGAGUAGUGGAAAUAUAUGGGAAAGCCGCAUACCUCGCGCCAAUGACUUCGGUCUUUGGACACCCAGGGAGGCGCUUUGGGAUGAUGGCUGAAGCUCUAAUACUGGCUCUUUCAGGAACAAUGCUUGGAGUCGCCUGGUCUAUGCUCGCAUUAUACCUAUCGAGUCUCAUAUACCAUAGUAAUCCUCAAGCAGCAUUCACUAUCCGAGGUAUAUUUCUUGCGAUAGCGUUGCUCUUCCAUGGAUUCUUACGAUCACACACACCGCGUCUAUUUCUCAUGGUGCUACUUCUACUUAUUGUAGCUGUUGUUAGUAUGACUAGUACAGCUACCGCAGUUACAACACUUUCAGUCACUCAGCUUGUCUAUCCAAUCGUAACUGCUAUUGCCGUUUUACUUGCUGUGAACACCCUUGUUUUUCCGGAGUUCUCUAGUAGCUUUUUAGGAAUCACCACCAUCGAAACUCUUGGCGAAUCGGUUGGAGCUUUGCGGGAUGCCGGGCGAUACUUCAUUGCCAGUGCCAAAGGCUCGGAAAGUGCCAUUGCGGGUGAAAAUCCAGAAAUAAUUAAUAGUGCAGGUGGAAGUGGAAACGGUGAAGACCUCAAUAGACCUCCGACACUGGCAGAGAAACCUCCCGAGAAGUCCAAAUUCAACGGCCUGACCUUGAGGCAAAAAUUCCUAUCCAUUUUCUACAAGACACAAAAAGCGCCAGAGCCAGUUCCAACAAGCGUCGAGGAGGGUCUUCAACCAGUGAAGUUGAAAUCUUUGACAGACAAAAAGGCUAAACUACGUGCCAAACUGGCAGGAUGCAAGGCAGCUCAACAAGAAUGUAAUUUUGAGCUUACGUGGGCCGUUCUUCCGCCGAGAGAUUUGAAACCUAUCAGUGAUGUCGAGAUGAAGAAACUUGUGGCUAACACAAUUGCUUUGAUCGGUGCUUGUGAGAGCAAAUAUGCAUUGAUGGGUGAUGAGAGUGAUAAGUCAGAGGCCGAAACCAAGGACGAAGCGCAGCUCAAAUCAGUGGCCGAGAAUGCUGGUGUCGAUAGUCCAGAAGCGGAGGAUUCAUCACGGCCAACGACAGAUAUGGAUACAAAUGAUGACUUAAGUUCAGAUGAGAAAAAGUCCCCAAGGAAGGAAAGGCGCAAGCAAAAGAAAAAAAGGAGAAAGGAUCGAAAAAAGGUUAAGUCGCUGAUCGAGAAGGAGAUGGAAAACUUGGAGUUGAUCAAGCCGAGGAGAGAAAUCGAGUAUGGUGAUGUUGAUUUGCUGAAGUAUCUUGUGCAGCGUAUUGCAAAACCAUUGUCCAAUCUUCAAGAAAAGAUUGACAGAAGUGUUGAUGUCGUUUCAUCAUCCCUCGCUUAUUGCUACGAUGUCCCUAAACUACCAUCAGGGAUUCGAGCACCUGCCGGCAUUCGACUUGAGGAGAUUGACAUUCGAGUCGAUGUCUUAAUUGAUGCGAUUGCCGAUUUUGAUAGAACUUCUGCAUCGGCUUUGGAAGGUGCUGCAGCGCUGCAUUAUUUUGGUGGGCCUCAAAUUGAUAUAAUGCCUCGCAUGGAGACAUUUUUGAUCUCCUCGUUCUUGUUGAAUCUACGACAAGCCGCCCUGCAUACUCUGGGAAUGCUUAGACAUUCUCGGGUUCUGGUCGAAAAACGACAGGAACGACAUAGCCGAAAAAGACUUUAUCUUCCUCAAAUCAAUUGGAGAAGGUGGCUUCACUCUGGUGGUGAAGCGGAUAUGUUAGCUUUACCUGACAGUGCACGAAAGGACGCAAGAACAGGCAAUAAAAAGGACGACGACACUGCGGAUGAUGGCGUAAGCAUCGAUAGUGGAAAAACAUUACUAGCUAAAAAGGACGUGGAGUCAGCAACGCCAAAAAAGGACACCCCCACACCAUCGCCUAAGAUCCCAGAACAAUCUGCAAACCGAAAGAAAAUAGGUACACGCAUGUUUCGAUUCCGAAACGGCUUAGCUGGCACAAUCGAAUACUUGGUUGGCAGCGAUGACAUCUUAUACGCUAUCAAGUUGACUGUUGCUGUCUUUCUUGUAACUUGGCCGGCUUUUCUUGUGCAGUGGAAUACUUGGUAUUCCUUGAACAGAGGUCUCUGGGCUGCAUUGCAGUUGGUGCUCAUAACAGAAGUUGCUAUUGGAACCUCUGUUAUGACAUUCAUGUUACGGGCUGUUGGAACAACAAUCGGAUGUGUGUGGGGCUAUGCAGCAUAUCAAGCUGGCCAGGGUAACAGAAUAGUCGCUGUGGUGAUCAUAGUGAUUGGCAUCAUUCCAUCCACCUACAUCCAACUUGGAUCUAAAUAUAUCAAAGCGGGCAUGGUCACAAUCAUCUCAAUGUCAAUAGUAGUUCUUGCGACUGAAGAUCAUACUGUUCCCGGUUCAGCCACCGAAAACUUUCUGAAACGGCUGAUUGCCUUCUUCAUUGGUGGAGUUGUCGCCCUCGUCGUGGAAGUUGUGCUCUUCCCAGUCAAAGCACGUGACCGUCUUGUGGAAUCUCUCGCCUCCUCUAUACGCCAAAUAACAGAAAUGGAGGCCUGCCUAGCGUAUGGUAUUGAGACGGAGAUCAACAACGUCAAUGUACAUUCUCCUGCAGUCAUAUCUCGCUUUUCUAUUGCUAAAGGUAAGGCCGAAGCCGCAUUGACAGCUGCAGCCACGUUCCUUCCGUUUUGCGCCCACGAACCACGUCUCAAAGGUUCCUUUGCUCCUCAUGCUCUUAUUUACGGGGAGAUUCUUUACGUAUUGCACGCUAUUGUAGAUCGCAUGGAGAAUAUGCUCAUUCUGCGUCACGAAUAUGGGUCCGGUGUUCUCGAGGAACUCAAUGCACAAGUCUAUCCCUAUCGACGUAAUGUUGCUGGAUCCAUAACUUUGAUUCUCUUUGCCGUUCACGAAGCCCUCACGACCAAGCUCCCCCUACCUCAAUUUCUUCCAUCCGCUCGCCUCGCUCAUCUUCGGAUGGUAAACCGUGUCCGAGAAGUCGUUCUCUCCUCUUCGGGUCACAUCAAAGAAUCUUCCCAUGAACGCUCAGAGAUAGAAGUCUCAAUGGUUAAACGAUUUGUGCGUCAAAAAUUCUUAUCCUGGAAUGCCGCCUCCGCUGGUCAAAUUGAAGUCAUCGAAUAUCUAGAAGAGCUUAUCGAUCUAGUAAAGCUAUUGGUGGGAGCAAAUGAGUUUAGGAGCGGAUUAUUGACGAGAGGCAGUUAUAGGGAGUGGGUAGAUAAGAUCCAAAGACCCGAUACAGUAGAAUCGGAAAUGCUACCCGCCGAUGGAACUAUGGAGGAAAAACAACCGGAGAUGACAUUGAGUCGAAAGAGAAGGCCUACAUUUAGUAGUACGAGAGAGAAAAUCUUUGGGCCAAGUGUCAGUAUCGCCACGGGUGCACGCCCUGAUACUGCAAGGCCUGGUACGGGGGUAAGGACUGCAACGACAGAGAAAUUGGAGGUGGAGAAACAGAAGAAGGAGAUGGAGGUGGAAUUACCGAGAGUUUUGCAGAGGGUUCGGACGAGAAGGAUGGAUGAGAUGAAGGUUUUGGGAGAGAGGAGGGGUAAAAAGGAUACAGGUAGUGGUAAUAUUGGGAAGGAAAAAUUUAGGGGGAAAUAA